AUGACACUGCAGUUUUUGGCAGGGUUAACAUUCAACAAGGUGUUCCAGGCUGCAAAAGGCCUCAAUAACACUGUUCUCAGCGACCCACAUGUCCCGAAGCCAGGUUUACAAGGGAAAUGGGUGAUCAUCUCUGGCUCCAACAAUGGUGUUGGACUGGAGGCGGCCAAGUUAUUCGCGGAAUGGGGAGCAAACCUGAUCCUGGCCUGCCGCGAUCCACCUGAGGGACUCGGCGAACUUCAUCCCACAGCAGCCGUGAAAGAAUGCAAGCGUCUUGCCGAGGCGCAGGGCCAUAUCUCAACAAUACAAUGGUGGCAGAUAGAUAUGGCAGAUUUCAAAACUGUCGAGGCUUUUUGCGAAAGAUGGCUGGAGAGUGACCGCGCUCUGGAUAUCCUGUGCAACAAUGCGGGAUCCCCAUCUACCGCUAAAACCCGAAUGACGAAGGAUGGAUACCAGCUAGUCCACCAAGUCAACUUCUUAUCUCAUGUGCUACUUACCCUCCCACUCCUACCCUCUCUGGGGCGCAGCGCGGAUCCCCGAAUAGUGUGUACCACAUCAUGCGCCCAUCAUUUCGGGGUCUUCGAUCUAGAUCAUUUCAAUGGUGGCCAAGAAAUGAGAGGGAACGAUUACCACAACAACAAGCUAUAUUUGCAGAUAUGGCUCACAGAGCUGCAGCUCCGUUGCCUUAAGCGCCCAGAGUACUCUCAUAUCAGAAUCAACGGAGUCCAUCCCGGGUUUGUCGCUUCGGGAAUCUGGCACACGCACGACAUGAAAAGCAACGACAUCUCGAUGCGAGCUCUUGCGUUCUUCUUACGUUAUAUCGCUAUCACUCCGCAACAGGGUAGUCUGGCAAUUACAAAUGCGGCAACCAGCCCGGAGUGUGGGCGAACUACUAGUGGUGGGAAAUAUGUCAAUCGCAUUUGGGAAGCGCCGCCACAUUCCUAUUGUCACGACUCAGAUGCACGGUUCAAAUUGUGGAUUAAGCUGGAUGAGGUCCUCCAUCUCCGGGAGAAGGGUCUUCUUGAGGUUCUCGCUCUUUGA